GCGGCAGUCCAUGUGUCUAGUAUGCUCUCCAAAGGCAAGUUUAAUGAAUUGAGAAGUGUGAUGUCAAAAGAGGCUGUUGACCGUGUCAGAAAGCAGUGUAAAACUCUGUCAGAGGCCCAACAAAGACAUCUUGCGAUUUCCCUCGAUGACAUUAUAUUUCUGCUGCCUGAGGAUGUGUCUGUAUUCUUUGACCAGAGCAGCAGAAAGUUUCUUUACAUCACGAUGAGGCUUUGGUUUCUGUCCAGCGCAGACGUACCUGAGGACCCAGAGAGCUCCCGCAUCUUCAAGAUGGACAUAACUGAAGAUGGUCCUCAAAAGAAGAUCAUCACAGCUGUGUACGAGUAA